AUGGCGCUCGAUGGAUGCCAGCCCCUCGAGCGCUUCAUGAAGAAGGAGUUCGCCGGUCACGGCGCCGGUUCGGCGCAGAAGAGCUGGUCCUUUUGCCCGAGCUCGCGGGACGACGGCGCAUCGCGAGCGAACGCGCGUCACGCACAGCCGGCGCGAUCGUACGAGUACAGCGUGAGCGGAUACGUGAACGGAUACAAUCCGACGCUCCCGGCGUACGCGCCGACGCGAGCGCAGAUGGAACAGGCGCAGAGGGAGGGUCGAGACCUCGCGCGCGCGCCUCCGGGACAGACGUUCCGAAAACCGACGGCGGUGUGGGACGGACCGGCGCCGAGGGGUGAUCCGACGAAACCGGCGCCCGGAACGCCGUAUUACCAGAGAGAACCGGAGGAAGAAAAGUUUGACGCGACGAAGGAGACGAAGGACGUGCCGAUCACCGGAGGUGGACGACUUCCGAUGGUGGGCGUGGACUCGAGCGCGGCGGCGCUCGGAUUGGAGCGCGGAGUGACGCACGUGUCGUGCGGAUCAUCGAACGAUGCCGCGCUGAGCGAGGCGGGUAAGGCGAUCGCGGCACACGGUGAUCGUCAGAGCGUGUUCGUGAGCGCCAAGUUGCGUCCGGAUGAACACAAGAGCGUGGACGCGGCGCUGUCCGCCAUCCUCUCCGCCUUGGGCAUCGAGUACUUGGACUUGUUCUCUCUCGAGUGGCCGGUGGUGCACAAGCCGGGGACUACGGAGGUGGACUCCGAGGGAAGUUUGGAGGAGACCUGGGCCGCGCUCGAGAAGUGCGUCGCCGACGGUCGCGUCAAGGCGCUCGGCGUCGCCAACUUUUCCGUCCCGGCGGUGGAGCGUUUGAUGAAGUGCUGCAAGGUCAAGCCUGCGGUGAACGAGGUCGAGCUCCACCCGCUCUUGGCGCAGCGCAAGCUCGUUGGCGUGUGCCGCCGUUACGGUGUCACCGUUCUCGCCCAUACCUCGCUCGCGAACGGCGACGAGCAACUCCUCGAGCACGCCAAGCUUGUCCAAGCCGAGGCGGAUGAACGCAACAAGCAGAGUGCCAAGGCGCUCCUCACGCGUUGGUCCAUCCAGCGCGGAGUUCCGCUCGUCAUCAACGCCUCGAGCGCCAUUGCGAUCGACGAGUGUCUCGCCGCUCGAACGUUCAGAUUGACGAACAAGCAAAAGGUUCUCCUUGACGACAUCGAACCGAGCCCCAAGGUCGGCGGCGUUCGCUUUUACAAGCCCGACUUUGAGUUCACCUUCGACGACCCAUUCCUCGGCGGCGCGUGGUGGCGACCUGGAUUGGAGCUCGUCCCUAACUGA